ACUACAUGUAAUAUUUGGUCACGGGAAAUUGAGAGCGAUAAGCAGCACAGACUCUAUUUAGGGUGUUUUGUUUUUGGACGAGGCGUUAAAAUGCGAGUACUGGAGGACGGAUGGUGUAAUGUAAAAGCGUUUCAUAUAUGUGUGUGAGUGUAUGUGUGUGUAAACCCGGCACACGUAGAGGCUUUUUUUUUUUUUUUUUUUUUUUUUAUAACUCAGUGACACUAACGAAAGAAAAGUGCGAGCAAAUUUGUUCGGAUAAGCAAAUACCAAGGAGACGCUAGCUUGGAUUUUGGCUCGUUUUAUGAGCAAGCAGAGCGGAGAGAAACAGUAAACUUGACUCAGGAAUGACUGACAUCGCUGCAGUGUCGCCACAUUCAUAUAGGUCUGAUUGAGCGGAGUAGUGCAUAGACACUCGGGCGGAAUGAUCAAGCAGGGUGACUAACAGGGGGAAGAGGAUGGGUGUGAAUGCCUCCAGCUACCCUCACUCGUGCUCCCCUCGAUUUGGGGGUAAUCCACAGACUCAGCAGACCUUCAUAGGCGCCUCCUAUGCACCACAGGGUUAUGGUGGCGAGUCUAAGCUCUACAGCCUAGAACAUGGCCCUGAAAAACCUCAGGACAAGAAGAAAAAGAGCUCUGGUUUGGCAACACUCAAGAGGAGAUUCAUUAAGCGUCGCAAGUCCAGUCGGUCAGCCGAUCAUGCACGACAGAUGCGUGAGCUCCUCUCGGGGUGGGACGUGCGUGACGUUAAUGCCCUGGUGGAGGAGUAUGAGGGCACGGCGGCUCUCAAAGAGCUCAGUCUGCAGGCGGGCCUGGCCCGUCCCGAUGCUCGCACCCUUCAGCGGGACUUGGCAACCCUUUAUCAGCACAAGGACUGCACUGACGUGGACCUGAUCUUCCAAGAUUCCUGCUUCCCAGCCCACCGUGCUAUUCUGGCAGCCCGCUGCCUGUUCUUCAAGACUCUGCUUUCGUCGUCACCGGGUUAUGGAGCCGAGGUGUUGUUGGAUGUUGGCACAGUGGGCAUGGACGCGCCUAUGUUCUCCUCGUUGCUGCAUUACCUCUAUACAGGUGAGCUGGGCUCACAGGAUGCAAGGCUGCAGAAUGUGGAUGUGCUGGUGAGAUUGAGCGAGGAGUUCGGUACGCCCAAUUCCCUAGAAGCAGACAUGCGAAACCUCUGCGAGCACAUGCCGUAUUUUGACUCGCUGCUAAGCUUCUCCUCUGACUCGGAGCUGGUGGAGACUUUUGGAGCUGGUGGGCCUGCCCCUAGUGGUGGAGGUGGAAACGCAGGGUUAAGCCACAGUUCACCUGAGGAAGAGCUGAGGGCCCACAAGGCCGUGCUCUCGGCACGCUCGCCCUUCUUCCGCAAUCUGUUGCAACGACGCAUCCGCUCGGGUGAGGAGAUCACAGAGCGCACUCUGCAAACCCCCACCCGUAUUAUCCUUGAUGAAUCCAUCAUCCCCAAGAAAUACGCCCGUGUGGUCUUGCACUGCAUGUACUCCGAUGCAGUGGACCUGUCACUGGUGCUGCGUGGUAGCCCCUCUGAAGGUAGUUUAGGUGAAGUUCAGGCACUGGUGGCUGGGAGGGGCUGCAUGAGCCGGGCAGAAGAGGCCAUGGAGCUCUACCACAUCGCUCUCUUCCUGGAAUUUAGCAUGCUGGCACAAGGUCUUUUUCGGCAGUGUGAACUGGCGCUGUCUCUCCUUUCAUGUUGCAGGAGAACUUGUGUGCGAGUGGAGCCGUGUUUGCGUGCAGACACAGAGGGAGAGUGGGGGCGGGGUUGCGCGGAGAGUGUGAGAGAGGAGAGAUGCAAACAUGGCAUGGCUUUAUGGAAGAAACAGGUUAUGUAACACAGUAUCAAACUAUAUCGAUAUAAAUGGUAUUGUCUCAUCCUAUAUCUCGUUUGAAAAUAUAUCACUAUACCUUAAGUCGAUAUACUGCCCAGCCCUAAUAGUGAUGUGAUGUGCAAGAACCAAUGAGGUUUGAUGUUCUUGACAUGUCACCAUGUUUGAUUUGGGCUUUGUUCUCUUUCAUAAUCUCAUUUUCGAGAUCCACCUAUAAGAGGGACAUCCAUACCUGACCUCUGCAGAAGUAUCCAACUGCACCAAAUCUGGCUUGACGGACAGGAUCGUGUGUCCAAUGCCGCUGCAAGGCCACCCCCUUACCUGAGGGCAUAAAGGAACUAUAUGGGCUACUUUUCAUCAGUUGACAUUCGCUUCUCAAAACCUUUACAUGUAAACUCGCAGCUCUCACUUAAAUGUCUUCAGGAGGACACUUCUUCGGGUUAGCCUCCGCGAGGCAUGACUGCCAAAGGAAUAUUGGUCAGUUUGCUGGGUUUUUUUAGCCUGCAAGCCACCAAUGGUCGCUGGCCUUUAAUUUCUCCCAGCUCCCCGCCUUAUUCGACACCACAUUUCCCUGCAGCUCGGGCUAACCACCUGCUGAUACAUUGGAUUUAGGAUUUAGUGUUUUCCACAGCAUGGCUCAGUCUAAACCCACGACAUGCCUGGCCAUCUGCAGUACCCUCAUUGCAGCGAGGGAUUCCCAUCCCUUCUGAGUAGUGUAUUGGGUUAAAACACGCGGAGAAAUCUCUGUCCCUCCCUGGGAACUGAAGCCAUUUCUUCGCCUUUUCAAGGCAGCUCCUGUGCCAUAGGCUAAAGGUUGCUGCUACCCAGAGCAGCAAACUUGAGAAGGAUGCCUCGGACAGGGAAAAUGGCAACAAUGCUGCAACUGUGGGGGCCUCCAAGACUUUGCCAUUACAAGCUGCCUGGCUCUGGGGAAGAUAAUGAUGCUGUAUUGAGGACUCCGACUACAAGGAAGCCAUCCUGUCUGCCCAGGGUCUACCAGUGGGCGGUUCGACUGUGUUACCACGUGCUUUCCCCUCGGAGUUUGGCUGCUCGGCUCAACAUUGAAUGGGCAGCUCUUCAGAAUGCCACAGAUCAGGAGAGGGAUGUUUACGAUAAAAAACUGCUGGAGCCCGCCCGUCCCGAGGAAACUGCUUUUGCUCAUCCUCCCUGCUUGUACUAAGCACAUGAAGCACUACUGGGGAGACCCGUUCGACCUUAAGCACGGUCUCACUGGCUUGACGUUUAAGGACAUGGCUGUGCAUGGUAUCUACCCUUUCUACUCCAAUAGAAAGUGCCUGCCUGAAGCAUAGCACGGGGGGCUCUCGGGCUACCAGCACUUUUCCCAUCCCUACUCCCAAAAGAAGGAAACUUUCAGUUGGUUGGGUCAGGCAGCACUUCCUGUCGUUAUGUGCAACCCACAUCCCAGGGUCUUUUGUUUUUUUUUUACUCUGACAUGGAUCUCCUGUCAAGGGGGAACCCCCUCUACUGAGAGUGGCUCAUUUGUUAUUAAGUAACAUCUGUUUUCUGGUUAGAAAGUAAUGGCAAUCCUCUAUCUUGUGGGUAACAAAGACAGUCAGCUCAACAUCUUCGCUGUUCGUAGAGAGAUCAGUUUUACUAUGGGUAUCUUUGGAGAGAGUCAUUUUAAAAUGACGGCACUCUGUUGCUUUGAUGCUUGUGCAAGUUGCUUAGUCAGACGUCCUUUAGAAUGUGUUCCAAACUCAAUAAAAAACCCUCCCUGGCCCCAAGGCACCAUUGUGAUUAGUAUUAACACAGAUUGCUGGUGUGUUUCCAUUAAGUCUACGAGAGACUGUCUGCUCUGUAAUGAUUCUGUCUGUUUCAGCUUGUCUGAAAGGUUAUGAAGAAUUUUAACCCACCACCUCUCUAGAGCUUCUCCACUCCGCUUCCCCAUUUUCAUUUCUGUAUCUUUCAGCAAUUUCCAUCUUUCACAUUCAGUCAUAUAGAAUGGGCUAAUUUACCACUAUCUCUGUCCUUUUUGACAUUACCCUCCUAACCUUGUCUUCUCCCAUUUGUCUUUCAGCAUGUUGCUGUUUCCCUUGCUUGCUCUCUAUCUCUCCUACUUCUCCCCUCUGUCAUUUAGCCUGUCUACCCCUUGUAUCAAGCUCCAGGGCUUUGGCUAGUUUAUUGGGGUACUAAUUAGUCCUUCCUUGUCCACGCUCCCUUCCUGCAUUUCUCUGUUCUCCUCCAAUAUACUGUGUACUCAACUGUAAAAUGAACCCUAGACUACCAUUUAUGAUAUACAUUAUUAGAAAUCAUAUAUUCUUGAAAAUGUUUCUCUAGCACUGAACACGCUUAAUUUUUGCCCUGUCCCACUCUGUACGCGUUGCCUCUCUUCUCCGCAUGUGAGCAGACAUGAGGCGCCGCAUAAGUUAACAUGGUUCCAGAGCACCUUUAGAGCAUAACAUUUUUUUCCUUCUAAAUUUAGCUUUAUUAAUCAGCAUGUUACAGGCCUUUAAAAAGAAACAAAUACAUUUCUACAUUUUCUCUCAGGGGAUAACCCUGAACCACCAUACAGUAUUAUUCCUCAGUCACAAGGGCUUCUAUGCCCCCAUACUUUGGUAUCUGAAUGUAACGAAAGUAUAAAAAUAAUUUUAAUGUAAAAAUGAUAUGCUGUCAUUAUGCUUCAAAAUGAACAGAUUAUCUUUUAACAUUCAUAUCCAACUGCACUCUAUUUAUAAAUUCUAUAAAAUAUUUUUAUAUUUUGGUAGGAGAUCCCUCAGACACAACUGCUUUUGCUUUGUAUAGAUUCUUUUGACUGUUUAGGAUUUUUUUUUUCUUCUGCUAACAAAUAUGAAUGUAUAUUGUGAUAAAUAUCGAUGUCGUACAAUAUAAAAAAGAACAUUGUAAUAAUAUUUUUGGCCAUAUCGGCCAUCCCUAAUUUCUUGUGAUGUAGUUUUUGAUUUGACUCAUUGUAAUUUAGACUCAGACUUGACAUUAAUUAACAGCAGCUCUGCUGAAAUCAGAUGCCCUUCUUCAUGUAUACUUGCCAUUCUUAUUUCUUAUCACAUAGGCUGUUUAACUAUUUCCACAAAUAACUUCCAUAUAUAGUGUUUUCUCUCCAUUGUUUUUACUUGGCAUUGACACAUUUUCUUAUUGAUAAACUCCACAUCGUGCUCCUUACCUCAUCAUCAGGGAAACAUUGGUUGGAGCCAGGGUUAUUAUAGUUUUGAAAAUUUCACUAGUUUUUAUUUUUUAUUUGUUUUGUGUUUUCAAUUUAAUUUUUGUUUUAGUUCGUCUUAAUGGUGCAUAAAAAGUUUUUAUUUUGUAAGAAUGUUUUGAAAAUGGCUAUUUUUAGUUUUUGUUUUAGAAUAGUUUGUUUUCAUCAAUUAUAACACCACAAAAGUAUUAUCAGAUACACUUUACAAGGAGGUUGUAUUAGUUAACAUUAGUUAACUAUAUUAGUUAACAUGAACUAACAAUAAACAACAUGCAGCAGUAAUUCAUGUUGGUUAAUGUUAAUUACAACAUAUACUUGCAUAUUUUUAACAUUAAAAGUUUAAUAUAUUGUAUCUGUUAACAAUAUUUAAUGCAUAACGAGCUAACUGCAAUGAACAAUUGAAAAUAUAUAAAUUAGCAUAGAUCAAGAUUUAUAAAUGCUAAAAUAAUAUUGUUCUCUGUUAAUUUAUAAUAUCUAAUGCAUUUAGCCUAAUACUGUUAGCAUAAAGGACCUAAUUGUAAAGUGUUAUCAAUAUUAUCUGCCUGUGAUAACACUUGAAACUCAUGCUCAUAAUAAUUCCAUCAGAGUUUGUUAAAAUUGUAUUUGUCAAAUUCACAACAACACAGCAUACUGCAGCACUUGCUGACAUGAAUUAAAUGUGCUAGAAAUGUCCCAUUGCAGAUACGUUUAGCUUUUUGAGGAAAACGCCAAGAAAUCAGGCUUGAGAGAUUAUUUGAAUCAGAUUAUCCAACAAUUGUUGAAGCUCCUGUUUUUAUUUCUAUUUUAUUUAAUGAAAAUAUUUUUUCUGCUAGUUUUCAUCUUAGUAAUCGAUUUUGUUAACGGUAUUAACCUUGGUUGGAGCAUCUUUGAAGAGGAUGUUGCUGGGGUAUCAAAUCACUAAUAAGUAGAGUAAUCGGUAAUGCCAUAUUUACGGUAAUACCAUAAUUGCUGAUGUAUGUAUGGUAGUUUAAUAUUAGGAACGUGCACAAGUAAUCGACUAAUCAUUUAUGCAAAUGCUCGACUAUUAAAAACACUACUUGGAUAUCGCAAAUGUAUUUCCUUUGUGCAUUUGCCUGGCGGUUUUUUCUGCCAGGCAAAUUUUGUUUUUUCCCUCAGGCUAUCCAUCUCAUGAACAGUUAAAUUGCCCCAUUGAGCAAUAACUAUGUGCAAUACACAGUUUAGUCUUUCUUAUUUGCCCAACACAUCCAACCUCUUCUGCCAUUUCAUUCCUCUGGAGAAAAAAAACAGAAACAAAAAAAACAUUUGCACUGUACAUAACAGAUUUUUAUUUACACUGUACAUAACAGAUUGUAUUAGAUUUGCACUACCCAUGUGUAUGUGUGUAUGUAUGUGUGUGUCUGUACGUAUGUGUAUAAUUCGUUUUUAUUUUUUAUUAUUAUCUAUGUCUUGCUGCUAUUUUUGUAUUGUUUUUGUAUUGUUGUACACUGAAAGCUCCUGUCACCAAGACAAAUUCCUUGUAUGUGUAAGCAUAUUUGGCAAUAA